CAGCAUUCAGCAAGUGCUUCACGAAAGAAGAAUAAAUUCUAACAACCCACCCACCACCAACAACAACUUGACAGAACAUCCACAAUGGUGAGGAUAUUCUUCCGCGCCUCCUCAUCUGACAAGGGAGACAAAGAGGAACAACUCGUUGUCAACGAGCUUGACCGGGACCAGGACCUGGAGUCUACUUCAGCCCGCAUCAAGAGGUAUUUUCCAGUCCGCCUGUGCGUCGCCGUGUUUGCCGUGCUGGUCAUUCUCCUAGGACUGCUGCUGGGCUCCAUCUACACCUACCGCCACUUCCAUCCUUCUAAGUUGGAUGACACCUUGCCACGUGGCGGUUCAUCUGUCAGUCAAAUCUUCAUGCCGGCAAAAAACCCCAUCACCUUACCAGAUAACAAAUUGCUUGAAUCACUGGAGGUGUUCAAGUGCCAUGUUAUGUUCGAUGAUUAUAACCACCAAUUGGAGCUGACCAUGGAAGUGGCCGUAUCCCUGCAACAAUGGUACGAGUACAUCAAGGUGGUCAAGAUGGGUGGACGCGACAACCCCUAUGACAUCAUCCACGACUUUAAAAAUAGCAAGACGGCAUAUUAUGACAAGCAGUUGUCAAAAUGCUUUGUGGGCCCGCUGAGCUCCGCAGGAAUGUCUCCACCCUACCUUUUGGAGAAGCUGACCAACACCAAGAGUGAGAUUUACUUAGCGGAUAACUACGUGUUGGAGGAAGUGAUGAAGGUGACCGGCCCGCUGACCAUCGAGGAGAUGACCCCCACCAUCCAAGAGAUGUGCCGCGAAAGGGAGACCUUUGAAAUGCAGAGAGGAGAUCCAGCUAUAAAGAAUGACCUCUGCAGGGAAAUUAUUGACUUGGACAGGCCUUACAUCGUGAUUACUUACAUGUGUCCCUAAAGCGAACGGCGACUUCAGUUCUUGACUACACUUCUAAACUGCACUUUAAACCUUGUCAUUUUUUUUCUUUGAAAUUACAAAACAUUUGUCAUAGUUUGUGUGUUAAUAGAAUGGUGGCUGACUGGUUUGCGGAUCAGUUUCAGUUUGGGACCCUGGCCGUCCUGUGCUGGAGAUUUCGAUGUUCUCCCCUUGCUUGAUUUAUUCCCACAUUGCCAAAAAAACAUCACAUUCGGUAGAUUGCGGAGGCCAAAUUAUUCAUGCGUGUGGAUGCUUGUACCCCAACAUAGAUUGGCGACCAGUCCGGGUGUCUCGCCUCUCGCUCAGUCAGCUGGGAUAAGAAAUCCUGGAGAAUAGAAAACUGAUGGAUAUAUGAUUUUGUCAAUUUGUAAAUUUGAAAUGCACUGGUCAAGAAAUAUGAUGCGUGUCCCUUUUUUCCUAGCACUUCAUGUUUUUGAAAAAAUGAAGUGCAGUGUAGUGCUUGCGCAAUAAGGGUUUUACCAUCUGUUGUACAGUUAUUUAUAGCUGCACCUGUGCUGAAGCCAACCUUGAAGUUUGUUAUAAUAAUUUGUUGACCAGUGCUGUCACAUAACAUACCUCAUAUAUUUUUGGAUGGUUCACAGUAAAUGAAUUUUGAAUGUUACCAAGCAAUAUAUGAAGUAAAGUGAAUUUUCUACAUACGAUUAGUUGUUGCAUAUAUAUUUGGAUUUUAUUAAAUGGCUUUAGACUGUUAAGAGAGUGAGAAGGAACCAAAGUGUGCUGUCUGCAGAUUAUUAUUGCUGAUUGUAGAAAACAUCUGAAAUUGUCCAUUUUCUUCCCGACGAUUGUACCCAGUUAAAAAUAAUAUAGUUUAUUUGUUUCAAUUGAUGUGUGUGACUCAAUAUUGGUGUAUUUUACUGUACAUUAUUUUGCUGCUUUAAUAAACUAUUCAACUUUC